AUGUCAACCGAGGAGCUGAAGAUACUGGUGUGCCCGUCAGGAUUCAAGGGAAGCCUCCAGCCCGGCGUUGCUGCCGACUGCAUCGAGGCUGGCAUCCUCUCCGUUUUGCCCGAUGCCCGUGUCUUCAAGGUCCCUCUCCUUGACGGAGGCGAAGGCUUCACCCAUGGACUAGUCCUCCCGACCGGGGGCACUAUCCACCGGAUCCAGGUCACCGGCCCAACAGGCACACCGGUGAAGUCCUACUUCGGUAUUUUGGGCCAAGUGCAGAGGGAGACGCCCCGAACAGCGCAGCAAGCGCUAAAGAGAAUCGAGAACCAACCACCGAGCCAGACCCCACCCCCAAUCAAGACAGCCAUCAUCGAGAUGGCCGCCGCGGCGGGCCUAAGUCUUGUGCCGCCGCACCUCCGCAACCCCGGCGUUACCACGACAUUUGGCGUCGGCGAGCAGAUCCUCUCAGCCCUCGACGCGGGCGCCCUGCGUAUCAUCGUGGGCUGCGGCGAUGCUGGCACCUGCGAUGGCGGUGCCGGCAUGCUGCAGUGCCUUGGCGCGCGCCUCUUCGACGCCCGCGGCGAACAGAUCCCGACGGCCCGCGGCGGCGAGUCUCUCCGCCACCUGGACCGCAUCGACCUUGGCGGACUCGAUCCCCGCCUCCGCUCCGGCGCUGUCAAGAUCGAGGCUUCGGUCAACUGGACCAGCGUCCUCACUGGACCCGGCCAGCAGGCGGGCAUAUUCAGCGCGCAAAAGGGCGCCACCGUACACCAGGCCGAGAUCCUUGCGAGCUGCAUGUCCCGCCUGGCCGACGCCUCGGCCCGGGCACUAGGCUGCUCCGCCUCCAAGAUUGGGCGCGCCCCGGGGUCCGGCGCGUCCGGCGGGCUAGGGACGGCGCUUCGCCUCAUCGGCGCCACGCUCCGGCCCCGCUACGACGUCAUGGCCGAUUUCUCGCCCCUUCUGUGCUCCCUGUUGCCUGAUGAAAAGGCCGGCGAGGGCGCCUGCGAGCUGGAUCUCGUCAUCACGGCCGAGGGUGGGAUCGACGGCCAGACCCCUCAGGGCAAGAUGCCCGCCGAUGUGGCGCGUCGAGCGCGCCGGCUGGGCGUCCCGGUUGUUGCCAUUGCCGGAACCGUCGGGGAGGGCGCGCGCGAGAACCUGGCCGUGGGCAUUGACGCCUUCGCUUGCAUGAUGCAGGGGCCCACGACCUUGGGUGAGGCGGUGGCCGAUGCUGAGAGGCUUGCCAGAGAGGCGGCCGAGACGGUCAUGCGUAUUGUUGGUGUCGGCCUCAAGGUUUCCGAGAGGUGUGCGAGGAAGCGUGAGGUGGCUGUUUGA